CGCCCGCCGCGAUGUGGGUCGGCGAGCAGCCCGCGCCCAUGCAGCCCCGUCGGCAGCCGCCCGCGCCCGGCUCCCGGGACCCGCGCGCCGCCGGCCCGAAGCUCGCGCUGCUGCUGUGGUUCGUCCUCCAGGGGGCGGCGGCGGCGGCGGCGGCGGCGCCCGCGGAGCCCGAGGGCCGCGCGCCCGCGGGAGAGGCCGGGGACCCCACGGCCGCGGGGCUCCCGCGCGGGAUCCUGCAGCAGGCGGCGCGCGCCGCGCUGCACUUCUUCAACUUCCGCGCCGCCUCGCCCAGCGCGCUGCGGGUGCUGGGCGCCGUGCACCAGGGCCGCGCGCGGGUGGACCCCCAGAAAGGAUGUCAAGUCGAGCUGGUGUUCAGCACGGAGAGCUACGACCUGGAGGCGGGCGGAGGCCGCGGGGGGAAGUGCUCGGCGCGCGUGUUCUUCAGGAACCAGAAGCCCAGGCCGGCCGUCAACGUGACCUGCACGCGGCUCGUGGGGAAGGAGCAGCGCCUGCGGGAGGACCGGCGGCUCUACGCGCGGCUGCGGCAGCUGCACAGCCCCUUCCGGGCCAGCCUGCCUGACAGUCACGGGCGUGUUGAGGCCUCCCUGAGACCCAUCUGGGACCUGGCGUUUCUCGGCAGCUCCUACGUGAUGUGGGAAAAGACAACCCAAUUUUCACAGUACUACUUGGCCCAGCUCAGGAGUGUGAACCACUGGAAAACAAGCGACGGCGCCAUCGACUUCGAUUAUACGGUUCUGCUUCAUGAGUUCCCAACACAGGAAAUCCUUCCCUGUGGCAUUCACUUAGUCUGGUACCCGGGUAAGCCACUGAAAGUGAAGUACCAAUGUGAAUCGCUCCAGACCCCAGAAGAAGCAUCUGGAACCGUGGAGGGAUCGGCUGCGGCACCGACAGAGCUGACUCAUCUCUAAAGAUUACAA